CAAUUAUUAAAACCAUUAUUUUGAUUUGCAUCGUCACUUCGCUUGGUAUGAAUAUAGCUAUUCCGAGUUACAGUAAUAUUGAGUAAAUAUUUUAUAAUCUUUUAACAUGACGCUAUUUACAUCCUUUUUAUUCACCUUUCAUAUUAUUAGUUCAAGAGUGGAAAGUCUUCUAUCAUGUCCCUAUCAAUGUCAACCGGGCCAAGUGGACCCAGAAAAACAUUGUGUGAAAGUAAAACCACUGAAAGGACCCGUAUAUUAUAUUCCAAUGUUUACAUGCGCGUUAAGGGAAUACAAAUGUUUUGUAGGGGAUGCAGCUAUACUGACAAGUGUUGAAAUGUCGAAGUGUAUCCCGAAGAAAGUUACCUAUCCUUUAAGAGAGAAAAGAGAGGUUACCUAUCCUAUUAACAUUGCCGUUGCUGAUGAAGAAAACAGCAAUUCUUCACGCCCUCUUCUUUUUAACGCCCUCUGCCCUAACAAAUGUCCAACGAGCAGCGAUAUGGUGUGCGCGCGGUGCAACCACCACAUCUACCGCUCCUUCCUGAGUGGUUGCCACAUGCGGAUGUACCAGUGCCGGCAUCCUGAAGAAAGACUGGAGUUGGUCUCGCGACAUUCAUGCUACGGUUCAGCACCCUACAUGGAUGGAAACCGACCCCAAGAUGUCGAAAAUGCGCUUCACGACGUGGACGCUCAGAAGGGUGCAAUUAAAUUAAAUAACGUUGCUUUGUCUGGUGUGUUACAUGAAAGUUAUUUUUGGCCGGCUCCUCACCCAACACUUCGAACGCCAAAGCCAACAGUACACGUAACAUGGCCAUCAAGACGCACUAGAACAAAAUCGGAUACACCAUUAAGUAAACCACGUACAAAGAGACCAACUACGCCCAAACGUACUACACCCACGACAUCUAGUACCACUAGUAGUACUAAAACCACUACCACUACACAAGCUACGAGUACCACCACCGAUUCGCCUCAAUCGAAUGAGGAUAAUGAUGAUGUGGAAAGGAUAGACGUUGAUAUAUGUCCAAACGAUGAAGAUCAAGAAACUGCCAUCAUAGUGCCAGAUGUCUGCACCAACACUAGCAACAAACCGAUAUUUAGUUCAGACUACAUGAAAGUAGAUUUGCAUCCAGACUUCAUAGAAGACGGGUCCCCAGUGUGGAUGGUGUUUAAUGGAGGGACGAAGAUAACGUCUAAAUUAAGAGCAGACGCCGGCAUAGUGGUGGGGUGCAACGCCUACGCAGGCCUCGAUUUUUCUGGAAACGUUGUUGCCAGGAAUAAAGCUGAUAAUGACUUUAUAGGAUUGGUAUUCGGCUAUCGCAGUAACAGCCAAUUUUACCUAGUGUCAUGGAAAGCGAAAUCAGACAAGUACUGGAUAGGCUGGCCCUCCAUUGUGAAAGCAGACGCCGGUAUCCACAUCAAGCUUGUGAACUCUACAACGGGUCCCGGCGCCUAUCUGAGGAACGCGCUGUACAGCACCGAGUCGGUUAAAGACCAGGUGAAACUCCUUUGGCAAGACCCAAAGAAACAAGGCUGGAAACAUUUGCUAAUAUAUUCCUGGGAGCUCAUUCAUCGGCCACAUAUCGGCCUGAUCCGUGUAAAGGUGUUCAGAGGCGGCAAACUCAUCGUGGACUCUGGAAACGUCUAUGAUAAAACUAUUAAAGGGGGCAGGAUUGGAGUCUAUGCGUUUUCUCAGGAAAAUAUCGAGUGGCACAAAAUGAAAUUCGAAUGCAAUGACAAAAUUCCGAGAAACCUGAUGUCAGAACUGCCUCCAGACCUACAAAAGAUAUCGGUCGUAGAUAGCGAUUACACAUGGAAUAACAAAAGCUGGCCAUAAUAAAAUGUUUUUUUUUU